GUUUGCGGUCCGCUGCUCGCGCUCAGCUGGUCUCACGCAUGAGCCGCACCGCACGAGACGCGCAGCGGUGCGCCGGACGGACGGUCCGAUUGCGCUCGCGAGGGGUCGCGGCUGGGGGGCGGGGGUAAGGCAGCGGCUGGUCGUCGAGUCGCGGAUCGCGGAAAGAUGACUUAAGCCACGCGCUCGCGCUGCUGGCCAGGGCUCGGAGGAGGUGUGAAAAGCAUUCCAGGAGGUCCCGAGGGCAACCGGCCGACGGGCAGCCGGCAACGUGUCCUGUCGUCCUACGCGCCCUACGUAGCAGUAAUAAAUAUGGCUCUCAGGGGCCUUAGUAUGCACUGGAACGCGCGGGGCCUGGGCUGUGUGUUACCAUGGUGAUCCUUUACUCUAAGACACUGGAAAAGAAGAAGGGUGUUGAUGAUGUAACAUCCAGGCAGUCACACUUGGAGCUGUGUGAGCCGCGGACCAUGAGCAGAGGGACGGCACUCUUCUCGUGCAGCACUGUAGAGGCUGACGGAUGGCACAAUCUCAGCCGGAGUUGUGGUCUUCAGCAGGAGCCAGCAAGUGGUGGCUUUGACAGUCUGUGGGGGGUGCUGCCCACAACAUGCCACAGGGGCCGCUUAUGGGCUGGGGAGGUGGACUCCACUAGCGUGCCCAUCACUAGUCUGAUUCAGGGCUUGAGCCUGAGCGACCCCAGGGCUACUUCCUCCCCAGUUCCUGCCUCUUCUACCUCCCCUUCGGCCGCACCCCCUAGCAAGCGUCAGUGCCGCUCGUUGUCCUUCUCAGCGUGGCGCCCUCAAGGCUCACGAGUGUGGACUGCCGUGGAGAAGAGGCGCUGCCACAGUGGGGGGAGUGCGCCACGUAGCUCCGGGGGACCAUCUCCAGGAGGAGGCCUGCCCACUAUGCAACGAAGCUCCAGCUUCAGUCUACCUGCUCGCUCCAAUGCCCUGCCCGCAGGCUUUGAGCUGCCCAGCUUCUCCUUCUCCUUCACUGGCACCGUGGAUCCAGUGCCACGGCCUCUCUCUUUGUCCCAUGAACUUAUUGCUAGUCCCUCGGAACCUUGCCGUCCCUUGGCCGCCAGUUCCCCGGAAUCAACACCGGAGUUUGUGCGGCGCCAGGGUCCCGGGGGUCUGGCCCGCAGCCACUCGCAGCCUUGCGUCCUGAACGACAAGAAAGUCGGCGUGAAGCGCAGGAGGCCAGGCCAAGGCAAGGAGCAAAGGCCUUCACUGGACCUGGCCAAGAUGACACAGAAACUUCGCAAUUUCCAGAGCCUCAGCUGCCCCGGGUUCGCUGGGUCAGGCAGCUACCAGUCAGGCCGUGACCUGAACUCCUAUGGCAAUGCUGGCCCAUUUGAGACUGAUUUUGCCUCUGCAUGUGGCCUGGGGGCAGAGCCUGAGCAGAAGACAAGCAAGGGUGGAGAGAACAUGGAUGACUUCUCAAGCGAGGAGUUGGACAGUGAUUCUACAGGAUCAGUGGGGACAACAAAUGGAGAAGACAGUGAUGUGACCUGGCAGGGGUCACAUGACACCAAAAAAGAUGCCAGUCAGCUGGGUGGUGAGCUGGACAUUGAGCAGAUUGAGAGGAACUGAGAAGAUGUUCUUCAAAGGCAAGGACAGCAGAUGGUGUUAAGAAAGCGAGGGAAUGUGGAUGGCUAGGAAAUAAGACAUUGAAAAAGAAAGUUGGAUUAAGGGAAUACAACAAUGUGGCAGGGAAGUCUUGGGCCAGCUGGGCACAGUGACUUGCAGCUGUCAGGGAACUAUGGAUUGCAGAGACACUGAAAAAGAGGCCUGGUAAUGAAUGUUCCAGGAUAUUUAAUUUUUUUAAUCCCUGUGUCUACUCUGGUACAGUGUCCUUAGUUUGGGGGCAGGUGCUGAGUGGGAUGAUAGGGCAGUGUCUGGUUCACUGGUUUGCAGAGGAGAUGAGGGUGAAAGGAGUUCUCAGUAGCAUGUUUUCCAAACCUCUCCACUAGCCUGAUGGUCCCUAUGUAUUCAUCAUAGAGGAAAUAAACAAGAGGUUUGUACAAAUUAAUUUUAACGGGGGCCUUAUUGAAGCACCCUAUGACUCAUCCUCCAUAGUACAGGGGUAAAUGAUGACCUGAAGGAGAGAGCUUUGAGAGUAAUACACUCUUACUUGAGUCCUCCCUCAUCUCCAUAUAUACACAUUGACAACCGUGUCACACUAUUGCUAAAACAAGGGGCUUCAUGUCUGCAAAGUAAAAUAACAGGGAAUUUGCUCUACUGAAUGAUCUAGGUCUUGAAAAAUUGUGCUUCAAGCAUUAAUUUGCCUUUUUACAGUUUUUAAUAUACAAAUAUUUCUAUUUGAA